CAAAUUUCGUUAAAAUCCGUGACGAUGAGGUCCGAAAGUUUGAUGAUUUGACAUGGAAUGACUCAUUUAAAAUCAAUAAUCCUUUCAUGUCCACAGCAGUGCGGCAUUUCAGCAAAGUGAAAUACAUGCUUACUGGCGAAAUACAAAGAAACCCCCAAUUUCUAAUAAAUAUUAUACUGACUACCCUGCGGGCUACUAUAGAAGCUAGCAGUCGCUAUGUUGGCGACCGUUGCUGUAGACUGUGUAGAGUUUAUCUGUUUGUUCUUCUGUGAAUUAUGUGCAAGGACAAGAUAUAAAUAUAUAUUGUUAAUAGGACAUUUUGUGUUUAGUCUCAUAAUGCAAAUAAUAAAAAUAAUUACUCAACCAGUUACUCUGCUGACAUUAUAAUUUACCAAAAAAUGAAAGUAAUAUUCAAAAAGGUUGUAACGUUGCAUGUUUGUCAGAAGGAGGCGCUAAGUCCAGUUGAAUGUGGAUGUUUUGUGGAACUUCCGCUGUCCGGAUAUUCACUCUGAUCACGCACGACUUACAGGUCACACCAGUUAUGCUAACGGUUAGCAUUCGCGGUCUAAAUUUACCGACACGUAGCUGCCUUUUUCGAAUUUAAUUUUAAAGAAUUCCUGGGUUAUAUAAUCCAUGAAACUAGCGACCUGAAAGUUUGCCUUCCGUGUGAAAAGAAAGUAAGCUUUUCGGCUGUUAACGACAGACACGCUUUUAAACACAAAGUUUAAUAGUACAGUAUCUGCCAGAUCAGUUCGUUCGCGUUUGUUGAUAAGUGUUUGUAUAGUCGAUGAAUAGAAGCUGAACGUUAAGCACCGCGUCUCCAGCACGAUCAUGACGCUUCAGGUAGGGUGCCUGUCUUUCCGGCAGCCCUACGCGGGCUUGGUGUUGAAUGGCGUGAAGACCAUUGAAACGCGAUGGCGGCCUCUGCUGUCGGGGCUGAAUAACUGCACCCUAGCGGUUCAUAUCGCGCAGAAGGACUGGGAGGGCGACGAAUGGAGGGAUGUGCUCAGGGACUCCAUCGGCAUGAGCGAGCGGCAGAUAGAAGAGCUCCUAGUGUCCGGCGAAAGGUUUGGCCGGGGAGUGGUGGCAGGUAAAAGUUAGACCAAUGUUCAUUAGCUGAAUACCAUCAUCACUGAAUACCAUUCUCAUUAAAAAUAAGGAUACAGCCAAGGAUGCAAUUACAUGUAUAUUUUGUUUUGAAAUGAAUUGCAGUUCUAAACAUAACAGGGUGAAUGCAAUAUAUAAUACUAUGAAUAUACUGCAGGGGGCAGUAUAUAGCACUCGACAUCCUGAUUUUCCCGAGUUCAACGCGUCUCCCGGUCAACAAGGGAUUGCCUUGUGUUUCAGUUCCUUAACCAAUCACAGUCUUCAUCGUAUGACAUCACCACAUCGGUCUGUUCUUUUCUCAUUUUCAAACUGAAGACGUCCGGCCAUUAAGCCGGGGACGGUGUGUGGCUCAGUGGCUUAGCCUCUGUAGCUGUGAGCGGAAGGUCUCUGGUUUGAGCCCGGCCUUGACAGAAUCACCGCGUGUCCCUGAGGCCUUUCGCAGGGUCCCUAACCCUCAGCUUAUUGUUUUAUUAUCAUGAAAUAAAGACGCUCCCUUACAUUGCUGCGCAGCCUUUGCAGGUGAGCAUGUUCUUAUGCCCCUUAACAAAAGGCAGACGCAAUAAAAAUGGUACUUUACAAAUCUGUGCACCUUUCCACUUUACAGAAAGCACAGUUUUUAAUGAAUGUGGUGAUGUCAUACAAUGAAGACCGUGAUUGGUUACGGAAGUGAAACACAAGCCCCUUCCUUGUCGGCUCAGGGACCAGCUGAACUCAGGAGAAUCCAGCCAUGCUUCAGAUCCUGGGGCUGGGAGCUGAUGCUGCGUUUGGGCCCCAGAGCAAAGCCCAUAGCCCCCAGGUCCAGGGGGGCUGAACGCAGACACCCUGCACUGUCUCCCCCAAGCCUGCUGUCAUCUGGAUAUGUGUCUGUGUCUCAUGGAGAGCAGGAUGGGACAGGAGAAAAGACCAAUU